CGUCUGGCUGGAAGAAGUUCGCUAAGGAUGCGGUGAAGAUGGCGAUGAAUGUGAAAAAUAGUGGUGCUUAUUAUGAAAGUAAUGAUCACUUUAGAAGUCACAGUCCUCAGCCUCUAAAUUACGGGACUGGCAGCACCUAUUUCCCUGGCUUAGCAGGUCCUGAUCCUGUACUGAAGCCACCCAUUAAUCUAAUGUGCCAGCCACAACAGCAGCCUUUCCAGACGAUGCCACCAUCUCAGCCGCUUGGGCCUCCAGUAGUUGUUCCUUCCGAUCCCCUACCAUUUUCUCUGUCCGUUCCCUUGUCUGCCAAAUCCCCUCCCUAUGUCCAAAUUCUGCAUAGGUCCCCUGCCCCUACUUUGCCCCCCCCUAGUCCCAAGGCUCAGGAGGAGGAGUGUCAGGCAGGGGGAGGGGAGCAGGAAAUCACCCUGGAGGAGCUCUGUAAGCCUUUGUACUGCAAGCUCUGCAACGUCACACUGAAUUCAGCCCAACAGGCUCAGGCACAUUAUCAGGGUAAAAACCACAGUAAGAAACUAAGAAAUUUUUAUGCUGGCAGUCAGCAACCUCCUCCUUUAAGAAUAACGGAGGCAGCAGAGCCCGUUUCCUUACAGCCCCUAACGAAUCCACCAACGGAAAGUGCUACGGCAUGCAAGCAGGGAGCCAGCCGAGUGAUCCUGGCCACGGAGAAUGAUUACUGCAAGCUGUGUGACGCCUCCUUCAGCUCCCUCGCCGUAGCACAGGCGCAUUACCAGGGGAAGAACCACGCAAAAAGACUGAGGCUCGCCGAGGCCCAGCAGAGCGCCACCUACCUAGACUCAUCAGAAUUGAGCCAAAGGUGGCAGAGGAAAGAAGGAAAUGAGUUCAAACCGAUCAGGAAUCGCAGGAAUGUGCCUCCCAACGUUUCAGGUCCGUAUUACCACCCACGCCCCCGCCAGAGGAUCCCCCGGGACCUGGCCAUGUGCGUGACACCCAGCGGCCAGUUCUACUGCUCCAUGUGCAACUCCGGGGCCAGCGAGGAGGCCGACUUCCGCCUGCACCUCGAAAGCAAGCAGCACAAGAGCAAGGUGUCAGAGCAGCGGUACCGCAGUGAGAUGGAGAACCUGGGCUACACUUAGAGAACAGGGGAAGGCUUCUCAUUCCGGGCAAGACUAUGAAAGGAGGUAGCCAGUGUAAGAUGAGGGCCAUUUUGAUAUACGAGUUUAGUCUUAAUCAAAUUAUCCUCUCACAUUUGUCUUCGAUUUAAUUUGAUUUGUAUGAAAAUAUACAAUGCUGGAUCUAUUUAUUUCCAUAUUUAUUUUUGACCAAAAAGGAUUGUACAAAUACUUCUCCCACUGGGUAACUAAAAAUAUGACCAUCUCGCGAUCUUGCCUUGUUGUGUUUUGUUGCAAUCAGAGCAAGUAAUUGCUUUUAAUUUAAACCUGUGGUUCUCAAAGCAUUCUUGAAGAAUCACUGCAUAUGCUGGCUUGACUGAUCUCUUAAUUAAUGGAGUUUACAAUCAAGAUUUUUUAGAAGAUACUAACUUUGCAAGCUCCUUUAAGGAAAGUAAUAUGGGUGCAGUUGCAUGAAAAUUUUUAUUGAGUUUUAUUCUGAUAAAUUAGCCACUCAUUUCAUUGUUCAAGGUACUUUACCUAUCUAAUAAUUAAUGCAUCUUGUACUGUAUAAUUACAUUAAGAGCAAGAUGUGUUUUUAAACAUCUCUAUAAAGAGAAAAAUCAGGAUAAAUCAUAAUAAUCAUUUAAUCUGCAGCAAUCAUAACCAAUUAAUAACCAUUUAGCCAAACCAGCAUAUGCAAAAAUGGCCCAAGACCAAGCUUUAAAAACCAUUGCUUGAAAAAGCAAAUAUAUUCUUGCAAUCUCCAGAUUGAUGUACAUUGGCAGUCCGCCCAUACUGUCCGUUUUUUAGUUAUUGUUGGUUUCCAGAAAACAUGUAACGUCACCAGUUAAUGCUGCUGAAAAAUUGCACUCUUGACACUCACCACUAUAAUGCUUUAUGUUUAAAUUGUGAAGACAAUUAUUUUUCAUUGGCUUAAUGCAAAUUAUUUUCAGUGUAUUUUUAAAAUUUUUGUAGAGACUGACUUUGAGUGUGUGCUAAUUAUCUGUAGUCAUUUUUGUAAUUAGACCAAAACUCAUGUUUCUCCUGUUAAGGGAAGGUUUCUGUGCUGAGAACAUUGGAAUAAUUCAGUUCAUUAUACAUUUAAAGCACCAUACGAUUGUUGUAUGGGAAACUGUGUCUUCUAGACCCAGGGUUAUUUAGAAGUUAUUAUUCAAAGUGAAAUAAACCACAGACACGUAACUGUUUAAAUAAAUUACAGGCUGUGAAUUGCUCUAUUAUUAACUUUUCAGCAAUUAAAUGUCUAAUAAGACAUUUGAGGGAAGGCAUAGGAUGAUAUUUAAAACACUGUAUUCACUGUUUGUGCACUAAUUCUGUUUAAGUUUUCUAUUUAGAAUUGUGUUAUGUUAACAAGGUAGUGUUACUUUUAAUAUUUCUUGUUAUGACUUGUAAUGAUAAGCUAAUAACAAAUUUUCAUUGGGACUUUAAAAUGUGUUCUAAACUUAUGCAUGCCUUUCUCUGAAUUCCAUCUUCUGCUCAAAUUUUUACAUCUGUAACCCCCACUAAAAGUAUCUAUUAUUGUGACAUUCUUAAAGCUUAUGGUGUAAGAUGCACAUUAUGUCAACAUGAAAAUUAACAUGUAUCAUUAUUUUACAUUUAAAUAUGGUCUUUAUUAACUGUGUAUUAGAACCACUUAUGGUUUUCAACAUGUGUAAUAUGCCCAUAGUAGUAAUAUAUUUGCAUUUCUAUUAUUAUAUAUUUUAUAGUGGGACAACAACAAAUUCAUUUAUAGAUAAAGAAAUUAUUUUAAAUAUACAAUGCAAUCUUUUAUUUAAAGCUUGCUUGUUUUGUAAAAGCCACUGGACUUAGUAGAUGCUUGUUUUAUGCAUUAUGUAUUUAUGUAUGUAUGUUUAUUAUUAUUAUUUAUUAUUAUUAUUAAUGUUACUACUAGAUGUGUUAUGAAAGCAUGUAUAAUGGAAACUGAAUCACAUGUUUGUUCUGGGCAACACUAGCCCAGAACAUCUCCCAGUCUGAACACUGUCAUUACUGAGUCCUGAAUCCUGUCCUUCCUGAAAGGUCACUAAAGGGAACUGAAGGCCUUCUGUCUGCUAAUGCAACGUUCUGUAGCAUCCGUGUCUCAUUCUGGCCCUUAAGGCAGCAGAGUCUCUCAGCCAAAGUGUUUAAUCCAUGGCUUAGCUGACCUAGAUGGUCUUUACAACCUGCCGGACUCCAGCCCUGUAAUGUUAGUUAGGACCCCAUUUUCUAACGGUGGGAAUUUAUUGCCGGUAGAUUUAACUUUUGAGUGGUUUCGGGUUAGUAUGUAGCCCUUAAGCAGCGCAUAUUUAUUUCUGAAGGGAAGAAAAGCGAAUUCCUUUUAUUAUGAAGCACUAUGGCGUACAUUUUAUGUAUAUUUUUCUAAAUAACAAUGAUUGUGCAUAGUUUAUGGUUAUUGUUAGAAAGAUUUUCUCUAAAAUUAGUUUGAGUCUGCACUGUAAAAUAGUAUCGACUCUAACAAAGCAGGGCAUUGAUAUAAGAAAGCCUUAAACAAAAUGUUACAAUUUCAGGGAAGUUGUGGCACUUUAUUUUCUAUGUUAUGUAUUACCAAGAUUUCAUAACUAUUAUACUCUGUUAAAUUCCAUUGAAGUUUUCCAUGUAGAAUUUCUGUUUCUGAGUAACAUGUUUGUGGAUUCAAGAUUUUCCUUUUUUCUUUUUUUUUUUGGUACUGGAGUCAUUGAGAAGCUCAUCCUGUAUUUGGGAGCCAGUCUCUCCUUGGAUGAAGCCUUUUGUAUGUUUUUUUUUCAGCUGCCCUGUCCAGUGUAAAACAUGUUUCCGUAAUCAUCAUCGUGUCAUUAGGUGGUUCAUAAAAAACAAAUCAUAAAGCGCUUUGUGAGAAUGAUUCAGAUUUGACUUCACUAGUGAAUUACUGAAGUAUUUUCUUACCCAGUUUUGUCAGCACAUGUAGAGAAGAUGAAUUAUGGUAUAAAAUGUUAAAUACGUUGAAAAUUAGCCCAUAGUAAUUUGCAAAAAGCACCUCAUGAACUUAGAAAAGCAGAAAAAGAGAAAUAGUGCCUUCUAAAACUGCCAAAUAGUUUCAUGGUUGCCUCAAGGACAGACUUAAGUCUUUUGUACACAGGAUGUAAAAUUGGGCUAUUGGGCUUUCACAAAUUAGUUGAGAGUCAGUUCUGUUCUCUUUAGAUCGUAUGAAAAAUAAAAUGUUUUUAGGAUUAAUUCGUGCAUGUGAAUAGACAUUCUGCAAAAUUGCCCAUUGCAGAAUUGAAAUAUUUUGUUUAAAACUUGAGUACUGUGAUCUAAUUAAGAUUUCAAAACCCAAAUAUAGUCAGAUGGACUACAAGUGUUUGAAGACCGGAGUGAUCUGCAAGUCCCCUCUGAAACGUCCCAGUGUGGAUGGAAAAGCACAGUGUUGCUAUAAUUAUUUGACUUUAUUUCUAAAUGUCAAUGAAAUUUUUCACCCAAAAUUUUUAACAAAAAUGCAGUGUUUAUUUUUGUUGUAGUUGUCAAUAUCUAUUUAAAAGAAUUAUAAGCAUUAAAGUAUUGCAGCAAUCAAUCCUAACUUCAAUUAGCUGUAAGAAUAAGUUCCGUCAUCCAAAAUUAUAUUGUUAACUAGCCAGCUGGAUUUAGCCAGUCACUUAGCAGAUUUUAUUAUAAUAAUUUUAAAUAGUGUUGUACGACCAGUAAUUUUAACACAUCACAUCUUUUGAAAGAUCACUUCAAAUACCUAUAUUUUGAUUUCAGUUUGAUUUGGGGGAAUGCAUGGUGCUUAGGAGUCUGAUGCAAAAUUAUUCUAUUUUUUAACCUUGUCCACUAGUCAAGUUGUGGAUCAUUCAUGAGAAGUCAGCAGUGUAAAAUCAUUAGUCAUUCUACCCCUAUUGUCCUCCGAAACCUGAAAUCGUUGUGGAGCACUCUGGUCGCGAAGGUGAAUGUAUAGACCACAGCAUCUGUACAUAUUUUCAGAAAGUAAUCACAAGGAUAUCUAAAUUAUCCUAUAAAUGAUAUCUGAUAGCAUUUUUUGACAUUUUGUCAUUGUAUUAUAAGUAUUUGCUUCCACGUAAUAAAAUUAAUCAAGCGAAA